AAAACCCCAAAACCCGUUCGACGGUUCCCCACACUCUCUCAUGGCGCCGCCACCGGGGAUCGUUGAGGUGCGGUGCGCUGGCUGCGGUGAGACGCUGGAGGUGGAGCCCGGUCUCACCGAAUUCGCCUGCCCCGACUGCGGGACCCAUCAGGCGCUCCCGCCGGAGCUUCUGCCGCGGCGCCCCCGCCGCGCGCUCCCGCUCCCCGGGAGAUGCGCCCCGCUGCCCACCGCGCCGUCCCGCGUCACGUGCUGGGGAUGCGGCGCCGUGCUAAGCGCGCCGCACGGUCAGGGGCGAUUCGCCUGCCCGCUCUGCGGCUCCGAGCUUGCGGCCUCCCAGACUGCUGCCGUCUCGGUCGUGGCGCCGCCCGCAGCCGUCCCAAUCACUCCCAGCAGACUGGCGCAGCCCUCUGAGGUGCAUCCAUGCCCUUCAAGCCAAUUAACUCAUGUAGGGAACGUUCAAAAGCCUAUUCACUUGGAGCAGACACUUGGACAGCAUCCGAGACAUUCCUUUAGAAAAGAGCCAUUUACUUCAUCCAGAGCUGACACUGGAACAGAAAUUCAUGUAACAGGAAGGUCACAAAAUGAGCCUGCUAGCCCUUCAUCACAUAGAGAGGAGUCACAUACUGAGCCACUCGAUGAGAUUAUUUCCAGGCCCAGCAAGAAGAAAUCUAGAUUUGUAGCUGGCCCUAAUUAUUAUGCUGCAAGAAAGUUGCAUGAAGAGCAUCCUAAUCAAGCCGUGUAUGCAUCAGAGGCACAGGGAAUGCCUUCAAAUUCUUCAGUUCAGACAGACAAGGUAGAAGAUAGGUUUCCCAAUGGCACAGUUACAGUGGACAGCAAGCAGAAAAUUGGAAAUGUGGUUGUCCCUAGUACUAUUGAACAGGAGUGGACAAAGUCUCUGAAUCAAGCUGUGGAUGAGCAACAGGCAGGUGAAAUUCCCAAUAAUAUAGUUCAUGCAAACAAGGUGCAAGUGAAUUUUGCCAGCAAAGCAGGAAACUGUAUAAAGAGUGCCAAAGGUAGUAAAGUAAAUCAAAAAAGGAAAAGUAAGAUUUUAUCGAAUUUUUCAAAUGAAUUGCCUCAACUUAGGCGCAGUAAGUGUUUGGUAAAUGGAUCACACAACCUAGUUGACAUUGAUCCUAUUGAGAAGAUAGAUCCUUCCCCGAAUCAAAAUCUAUCUGAAGAUCCAGAGAUUGAAAGAAAUUUAACAGAUUCUGACCCUUGUUCUCCUGCUAGGUACCGAUUUCCUCAUGGUGGCUCUAAUGAAUGGGAUCGUGUUGAUGCAACUACUCCACCUGCUUUGAGUCAUGGUACACCACAAGCUGAUCAGUUUCCACGGACCCAGAUGUGCUCGCCAGAGACUAGAUGGGCACUUCCAGUUGCAUGCUCAAAUUCAUGGCAUGACCAUGAGAUACCUCAGGAGAGCUCUAAUGGGGUCGGCCACCUUGAAAGAGGUUAUGCAGAAGUGUGUUCAAAUCCAGCAGAGAUGCAAAAUCAGGAUAUGGAUGGGCAUCUGGCACAAGAGGCUUGCAGCGACAAGAACCGUUUGGGACAGCUACGACUCAAGCCUCACAAUGAAAACCUUUCAGAGCAUGGAAGGCCAAAAAGGAAUGGUUUCACUGGCUCUUCUUCAAAUGGUGGGGUGCAUCUUGAAGACCAAUCUGUCUCUGGAACCUGCCACCAGAACUUGUCUGCUUCAUGCAGCCGCCUCGCUGCUUUGCUGCCAAUUCCGGCUGCUACUGCAUUACCCAUGAUCACAUCGCCUUCUUCACGUGAAAAUCUACCACUUAACUGCAGCAGUCCAACAUUGCUGCACCAACAACCACCAUCCCCCCUCUACUCACAGUUUCAGGAUGCACCAUGUGGUGAUGUGCUGCCAAAACCUAUUAGUAACUCGUCAAAAAAGCGCAGGGGGCGUGCCCCUGAAAAACUAAUGGAACCGCGCAAAGAAGCUGACAGGCCUGUGUUGACGCCCAGUGGUGCUGACAGCUGGAAUGUGCACCCACCGUGUCCUAAAGUGGCAAAUACCCUCUCCCUUCUCAUCAAGCAGAACUAUCCUGGGAUCUAUGUAUCAGAUGAUACCAGUGGAAAUGGCCAAUCCUGUGAACAUGUGGUUUACCACUGGCACCAAUGCCCACCAGAUACAGUGGCUACUAUAUUGGAUGAAUUCCUCAAACGCUACAAGUGGUCUCCUGGCCACGAAGAGGAGUGUCAAAAGUUAUUUGACCGAAAAGCAGUUAGACAGUUAGUUAAUCUCUUUUGCUAUGAGAAGCAAAGGGUUAGGCAGGUGUUAGCAGCAAAAAAGGCCAAGAAAUCUUCAUUGGUUUGUAGGGCCCAUGGUGAAAUGGAGCUAGAAGAGGAUGGUGAUAGAGAAGAUUCAGACGGACAGCAAGGAGAUGAAUCAGUGGUGUUACUCGAGCAUGAAGAUCCGCUGAAAUGGAAACCAUUUUUCCCCGCAUGGAUGAAGCCAAAAUGGUGGGAAAUGUUGUGUGACCAUUGGGCCAAAGACGAAAUCAUGAAGGUGUCUUACCAACAGAGGAAGAAUAGAUAUUCAGGAAAACGCCCCUGUGAUGCUGCAGGUUCACAGAAGGGCUUGUAUAAUGGUGGAAAGCUGGUGAUUGGCAUCGAUUCACCCACAAAGAUAUCGAGGGAGUCUGUUGACGAGAGGGCAUGUCAAACCGAGGAUACUAGAGAUCAACCUAAUAAGGAGUCACAGUGCACUCAGCUAGGCUCCCAUUCUGUUCUGAGACAGGUGGGGAGUGGGAAGCGUGGGAGGUACUGUGGUGCCAUCGGUAUCAGCAAGAAGUCCCAGCACAAGUCAUUAUCUAAACUGCCCCCAGUUUGUGUGAGCAAACAGGAACAACAGCCAAUGUUCACAAAAGAACAGGUGCAAGAGAUGAUUAAUCAAGCCCUGCAAGGGUUAAAUGAAGCUUGGGAGAAGAAAUUUUUGUCCUUGGAACAAAAGAUGCCCAGGAUGUCCUCAUCACACAUCGUCCCUAAACAAAAGAUGCCCAGGAUGUCCUCAUCACACAUCGUCCCUAAUGGUGUGAAGGAGUCAUCAUUGGCUGUUGGAAGAAGCAAACAGUGCAAACUGGCACGGCAGGAUUCAUUAGAAUCCAUGGACGGAGGAGAUGACCCAUCUGCAGGAGACGAUGACGAUUGCCACCAGGUCGAGGACGAGGAGGAGCAUUCGAGCUGAGCCAGACGUGAGCUCUUCUGUGGCUCGCGGACGAUCUCGCGUCUUUCUGGAGUCUCUGCAGAACGGCGCCUUGGCACAGGAGCAAAGUAGCUCUCCCGAGGGUUGUCUCCAUACAGUUUGAGCCCGCACCUCGUAGCGCGUAGGGGAUCGCGCAGCUUCGUGUGGCCGCGGGGCGUGGAAGCCGUCACGAACCCCCUGCCCAGGCAACGUGAAGCACCAGAUCCGCGCGGCCUCGGUUCCCCCGGUUUCUUUGCGUCUCCUGCGGCGCCGUAUAGUUUGGUGAACGUGAUGUGCCGUUAGGUUGGGGAGACGAAGCGCUGGACGCUCGGCACUUGUCGCGUCUACGCAGUGGCACGCGUGAUCGUUCGUGGAGGACUGUGGAACGAUGCUGAUUUGUUAGCCGAAUUGCUAGGCGCGAGCGAGCUGGUCA